CUCAUGUAAUAUUCCUUCGCAUCGUUUCCUCUGUCUCUCCCUCUCCUCGUCGAAAACCAUCCAAAGCUUUCUCUCUAGUACCCCCCCCGGCAUGAAAUCCUCGCGGCGGCAUUCGCAGCUCGUCUGGAUAGUCCUCAUCCUCGAUGCAAUCGCAUUCGCCCUCGCGGUGGCGGCGACCUUGCGGAUACACCGAGCCACUGCUCAAAGAGAUAGCCCACAGGGCGAUGUUUUCACUUGCGAGUAUCGCGCGGGUCAGGCCACGAAUCUUGGCAUCGCCGCUGCGAGUUUCCUCGCCGCCGGGCAGCUCUUUGUGACCCUGGUGACGAGAUGUAUGUGCUGCCCUUGCCCUCUCAAGCGAAAGGCCGCUAACAUCUGCGCAGUCAUUCUCUUCAUCUUCUCAUGGAUCGCGUUUCUCGUCGCGGAGCUCUUUAUCCUCACCGGGACCGCGCGCGUAACUUUCCAGAGUAAAAGAGUGUCGGGCUCAUCGAUCCACGAGUGUAAAGUCGCGCGCCAGGUGAUAUUCGGGAUUGGCGCGGCGGCUGCGUUGCUUACCGGGUUACUUGCCUCAGCUUAUUACCUCUGCUACGUGGAGGCGCGGAAGAAUCUCCGUGCUGGCGAGUAUGUGUAGGGGAGAGAGAGAGAGAGAGAGAGAGAGAGGGUUUUUACUUGUGUAUGGUAAUUUUGUUCUUUACUUUUCACCUGUAUAGUGAUUGGAUUCUACCUGUGGGACAAUGAGUCGGCUCCUCCGUAGAAGUUAAAAGUAUAAUAAUGGAUGCCACUUUACCUUUU